AAUAUCUGUGACGUAGGAAUAUAUUACUAUCUGCGUAUUCUGAGCCGAUCCAGACCAUAGCUCUUUCAUUUUGGGCAAAGCUGGACUUUUUUCAAUGUAUAGAAAUGGAUAUAACGUGAUAUUUUAGCAUAAAGAUAUUUCCUGAAAACGAAGCAUCAAGAUGAUGCAUUUACAGUUUCCAAAAAGGCGGGAUUUCUACUCCUGGGAAGAAUUAAGCUGUUUGUCGAGGGCUCUUGGGUUUCCCAGUGAAACCAUCACCAACUGCAUUCCGGAGGAGGUGACAAAAACACAAGAUGGGAUCAGUCUCAAGGCUAUCUUGAAGUUGAUUGAGCUGAAAUACUUCAACGAUGCACUAGAUCGUUCCAUCAACAUGCACACUGCUGAUUACAACAUAAACACGUUGCUGAAGAGUCUAAAACUUCUGAACCACAGGUUACUGAGCUUUUCUGAGCUGAAUGACGUCCGGGUUGCCUUCCAAGUUUACGAGGCUGGCGACAUGCGAGGCAUGGUCAUAGACACCCACACGCAGCUACGAGCCCUCAAGCUAUGUGACCGCACCAUAGCACCUAUGAAAAUGACGCACCGCAUCAAGCACAUGCAGGAGAACUUUGACGAGCCAGGACGGAUACAACUCUACGAAUUCCUGGAUCUGAUCGUCCUAUGCGAGCUGUCUAAGGACGUGGACGUUCCGGAUUUCAAGUACGGAGCAUUGGACAAAACGUGGCGGCGUCUCUUUCAGCUUGAUAAUUUCGAGGAAGUCUGUACGACCAAAGAUGAGAAGUUGGAGCAGCGCUUGAACCAGCAGUUCCGAGAGACGGAGCUGAACUACGGCAAGGAGCAGCUGGCCAGCAAACGGAUCCCACGAGAGAGCGCGGUCGACACCUCACGGAGGAUUGAACAGGUGCGCCACCAUAACAGGAAGUACCGCGAACUGCAAGGGUUCAUGGGACAGUCCACGGCCCAGGUCCAGCGGACGAAAGCCGGGCACGUCCGGUGCCGCCCGGUCACCGCCCCCGAGAUCGACGCGUUCCGUCUCCCGCCCGACUCGCCGCUCCACUCGCUGCCGCGCCCGCACACCGUGUCCGACCUCACGCCACGCUUGACCACAGCACGGCCCUCGCAGGAGUCACGCUGCCGACCUCAGUCGGCACCGCACUCGGCCACGUCCGACCGCUCCAGCAGGUCCCAGAAGUUUUUCAGCUCGGUGGAGAGUACGAUGCCGGAAGACCCCAGAAUACGACUACUGCAGGCUCUGCACGAGAAAAGGACUCUGAAGUCAGUCCCGCCUGGCUCCACUUCAAGGAACGCCAGAACCGAGCUGGCAAACUCCAGCCUGUCCUCGGAGCAGCCUUGGAAGAGUAUGAUCAACACCUACGUGCGACCUUCGACCCCGCGGGUGGUCACAGAGCAGGACGUGGUCGAGCGGCAGCAUGUUCUGGACAGCCUACAAUAUCAGAUAGAGACACUGGAGGAGAGGACUUUGCAGAAGCUCGAGCAGCAAAUGAAGAUGCACCUCCCUCGUUACUAUCGGCAGAAGAAGGAAACGAUGGAGGAUGAGAGGAGAACUCCAACCCCCAUCAAACCCAAGAAGAAAGGGAAGAAAAAGAAAUCAAAGGUUGCACACGUGCCUCCGGAAUCCAUCGAAAGAUUAGUCCAUCCUGUCUUGAGACAGUACCAUGACGUCCACGACAAGAACUGCGAUGCUCGAAUGCAGGAAUUUGAUGUUCCUAAGAGCAGCCGGCGGCCAAAGACAAAAGGAGAUGAGAGGAAAUCAGAGAAUUUUAUUCCCAAACCGCAGUUGUUUCUUGACGGUCGCAGGCUGAGCGUCUCCAGCGAUAAGAACUUUGAGACAGCGAGCACGAUGAGCAGCAUGGCCGACUCCAGCAUCGCUCGGACCACGGACCUCGCCAGCCACUCGCUGCCGCUUCACUCAGCUUUCUCGCACAAGCAGCGUGCCCCCUCCCCGCCACGGGUCCAUGAUCCUGAGAAGUUCCGCGAGUCGCGGGUGGGCGCUGCAGCGGUCCUGCACGACUUCUUCAAUGACGUCAAGGCGGACGCCAGCAGCGACACAUCAUCUGUUAAACAGGCUGAGCAUCCGAGAGAUGCCGUGCUGGGAGACAAUAGACAGUCCCAAGCCAGGAACUCCUCGAUCCAGGAUAGCCACGCCCGUAGCCCCGCCCGGCUGGCCAAGAAGACAGCUUCCGACCCAAGGCUCUCACGGUGGGAGAAGGCCCGCAUCAUGCGGAAGAUCACUCUGCAGGAGGAAGAGGAGCUGAAGAUCAACGGGAUCUCGCUCAGCGAGAUCGACCGGCUGACGUUCAAAGGUGAAGACGAGCAGAUACAAGACUUAAGGAUGAUGACCAAAAUAAGCAGCCAGGACUUGUACAUGAACUAACCUUCUAAACACCAUCAAGCGACCUGACCAUCAACAAUCCUCACAGUGUAUAAGGCGCAAAUUGCUACACGCAAAGAGGCUAGACCAGCUACAGGUCUUUACUUCCUUGAGAUCUUUGUUGAAGUGAACAACCAAACUUGAAACAUGAACAAGGAUUAAAGUUUGAUGCAGACUGACUUAUGAUCUAGAGUGAAGCAUAUGAUCUCUGUGUUAUAACAAUCGAGUGCACUUUUCAACAUUAAAAUGAAUUUAGACUUUGUGCAAGUAAGGUGUGAGGCAGCUGGGACAGUUUUCAUCGGAAUGUGUACAAUCUUGGCGCAAGAUCUAUACACCUAGUUGAAAUGUCUGCCCCACCAGAUUGUCUCUGCUUUGUAGCUGAGGCUUCUUUUGCAUGGAGCAUAUGCAGAGAAGUAGUGACUAGAGGUCGCCAUUGUUCGCCCCGUGCCUGAUUGGAAGGGGAUGGUGUAGAGCAUGAGUGACAAGGGAAGGGUAUAUGACUACCCUCUUCGCCGAUUCCUGUACCCUGUUAAUACAUAAUGUAAAAAUCACUGCAUACCAGGAAAGAAUGGUGUCCACUCACCUCACUGGUCCCCAUGCACUGGUAUCACAUAUUGAGAAUAACUGUGAACCAGUGAAGAAGUGGGAACCCUCACCUCACUGGUUCUCAUAUCCUGUGAACACAUACACAGAAUCACAGCAUACCAGGAAGAAUGGAGACCUCUAACAUGCUGGUUCCCAUAUCCUUUUACAUGUGGAGAAGUACUAUGUACCAGUGAAAAAGUGGGACCAUUCGCCUGAUUGGUUCCCAUGCUGUUUCACUGAAUGCAACCAGCGUGAUGCCGGACAGUAUGAAAGAAUGGAUUUUGCUAGUUAUAAGCUAUUUUGUAGCUGGCUGAUGCUUUUAUUUAGAGCUUAACGAAGAAAGUUGUAGAGCUGUUUGUAUUGCACUGUUUGAGUACUUUUUUCAUUUUCUGCCUUGCCCUAGAAAAAGUUCCAAAUUUCUUCUCACAAAUUCAGCUGGUCCAUGAAAGAUGUUUGAUUUUCAGCUAAAUUGUAGGAGAGAGAUCAGAUUUUUACCAUCAUUCCAGGCAAAUUCCAGCAUGUUACACUGGAAUAAUAUUUCCUUGGCAAUCCAAAAUGAUUUUUAAAAAGUCUGACAUAGUAAAAAAAUCUUUCAGCUGUUAGAAAUGCCCACUGAAAUUCUUCUGAGCGGUGUUGUGGUCGAGUCCAUCUCAAGUCCCAUCUCAAGUCCCGUCGCAAGUCCUGUCAUCGCGAGACUUGUCAUAAGUAACAGGAGGAACAAUGAUAAAGGAAUGCGUUUGUUGCCGUUCAUAGCUUGCGACUUGGCUCAAGACUGGGUGACUUGUCAUCCUGAUUCAACUACCCACUGCUUUUAAGAAGCUAGGCCCCCGUUCUGAGCAGGGCCAAAAUAUUUUAUGGUUUUUACCUGAGUUUCCUAAAAGCUUCGGUGUCAUUAUGUGGGGUCGUGUGCACGAAAAAAGGAAGGAAAGAUCUAUUGAGUUGUCUUGGUAAGGAUUAAUGUUGUGGGUUUUCUCGGUCCUUUUCUUUCGAAUUGUUUCCUGUUUGAAAGGAUUAAUUUUGAAAGGCUAGUUUAUUUACUGCCCAAAUUUGUAGCCAAGAGCUAUAUUUUAUUCGAGGACAAAAGCUCACUUUAAAGAGCACCUCUAAGGAAAAAACAUUUUCUCUGAUUUUAUUUGUUCAAAUAAAUAUGGAAGCA